AUGGUCACGUCGAAGUUUUCCGUCUCCCCCGGGCUUGUGGCGGAAAGCAGUGACAUCCGCGGCUACGAGAACUUUCCGCAAGGAUGCGCGUUUUCACCUGACGGUCUAUGUGUGUUAACGAGCACCGCGGGCGAUUCCCAACUGCGACUGUACAAUACGCCCCCACCCCCGGAGGAGGGGUGCCCGGACGAUCAGCAAAACGCAGCAAUACCUGAUCUAACGACGCCAUGGCAAGCAGCUCUAAUAAGUCAAGGUACCGACACAGUCCGCUCCUAUGAAUGGUAUCCUACCAUGGCCUCCAACAACCCCGCGUCGUGCUGUUUUCUAGCCACGUGUCGCGAUCAGCCGAUUCAUUUGUACGACGCCUACACGGGAGUUGUCCGGGCCACCUACCGUCCCUACAAUGCACUCGACGAACUGGAAUCGCCGACGGUUCUGUCGUUUCGUCCCGACGGCCAAAGAAUUGUGGCGGGAGGCUUUCGCACCGACCGUGUCCUGCACGUCUUCGAUACGGCCAUUCCGGGUCGGGAAAGCACCACCCUGCGACUCGGAAAAACGCGAAGAUCUCGGGACGGAGCCAAAGGACUCGUGUCGGCACUGGCGUGGGGCGGAGACAGCGGAAACGGGAGACUCCUCUGCGUAGGCACCUAUGCGCCUGGCUCGAUUUACGUGUACGACGAUCGGACCGGCACCACACCCAGUGGAGCCAUUCUGGAUGGAGUUUGUGUGGUAGGGCACGGUCGUAGUCACUCCAAGAAGAAGAGGAGGUUUGCGGUCGUCCAGAACGAGAACAGUGACGAAGAUAAUGAGGAUUCUAAAACAUGGUUGAGUGCCGCCCGGGUCAAGUGGUUCCAACAGCGAGCGCAAGGGGGUGUCACGCAGCUUGCAUUCGCGCCACACAAUCACAACUACACUCUCUUCAGUACGAGCCGACGAGGGAAUGCUGUUCUGGUCUGGGAUUUGCGGAUGCUAUCGUCGCAGCCUGACUACCAAUCAACUCCGGUGCGGGGCUUAGGGAGCUUUGCUACAGAUAAUCAAACGAACCAACGAAUUGAGUUUGCGCUGGACGAAUCGGGACAAACUAUUUUUGUAGGAGGCAUAAAGAGGUGUGUACGUAUAUAUGAUGUAGCUUCCGGAGACUGUACGGGAACGGUGGAUGGACUUGAUGACGUGGCGAACGGAGUGUCCUUUACCAAUUCCAGUCGAGGAGGACUUCUCGCCAUCGCCACUGGAUGCCGGCGGUUCCCUUCCGAAGAAGAUUUCGAUAACGAUACUUCAAUUACCGACGGUACGGGGGAUGCAAAACCAGGGUUUUUACGCGUGUAUCGAAUCCCGAAACCUGCAGAUUUGGAGGAUGAAGCAUUGACGGAAAAGUCAGAGCAAUUAGAUGACGGGUCCAUCUGA